AUGGACGAAAGCCACAAUCCAUCCAUAGCAAAGGACACACCCACUCUCACUACUCUCAUCACACCUUCAACCUCGCCUCCCAGCUCUAGAACUUAUACCAAAUCUCAUUCUAGAUCCUUAGACAGGGCGUCGUCGACAAAGCGAUCACGACUUGCAUCGACCCCCUCGAGGUCUUCCACCCUAAGUUGCACCUCUAGUUCGACCGCGUAUACCGUGGACGAGGUGCUCGAAAGCAGAAAGACUUCAGACCAGAAAUUGGUUGCUUUUUGGGCUCAGUUGGGUGAAAGAUAUAAUCGCCCCCUCGCUGAAGAUGAUAUUAUAGAUCUCCGGGAUGGCUCUAUAGUCAAAGAUCGUGGUAUCUUGCGUGGGCUAUCUAAAAAAUACGUGGGUUAUUUCGGCGGCGACCAACCAUCCUCGGACCUCAAUGACGUGAAUAGCGACGCGGGUGGUGCCCAAACGGAUGACGACGCGGACGAACUUGACGCCUUUGCUCCAGAGGAAGACAUUUCGAACGAGUUGAAAUUGGAGCGGGAAAAGUUGCAACAUAGCCGUGCGCGUAAUGUCGAUCCCGCUGCUGCAGAAGACUUGCGGGAAUUCUUGGCAGCCGAGGAGCGGAGAAAGGCUCUGUAUGGCAGCCUGGAUGACGAUGAAGCUAGCGACGGAAACCCUCCAGCGAAUGAAGACCAUAAUUCUCCAGACGCAGAAAAUUUCAAGGAGCAUUUCGAGGAGUACGAGGAAAGGCUCAAGAGUAGCGAGGAUGAUGCCGUGAAUUCGAUUCCAGUUGCUGGACAUAUCAGACGUCGCAGUGUACGUCCAGCUCGCACUCCUGCUAACCCUCUUCGCAUCACCGGCGACGAGUCAGAUGAUGAGUUUGCAGCUUGGGCUUGUAACGAAUCAAGCCCCGUCAAGCGGAGCAAUCCGCUUCCCAAUUCUUCUGACGAUAUUAUUGACCUCACUGAUUCACCCCCUUCUUCGCCCCUUCCGCCUCCCAUACCCGUACGCCGCGCGAGAUCAAGACACUCUUACGAUAGACGCAACAGAUCGUCGCCUCCCCCAAAGCCAUUGACUCCUUCACGUUCUGGCUCGUUGUCUCGAGCAAGUUCCGAAGCUCCUGUUCGUCAACAGGUAGCUGUACUCCACUCUAUUCCGUCUGCCUCAAUGAACAGGCAGCUAGUUACGCCGCCGCUCUCGUCUUCAUCCAUCCUUGACGGAUCUCCGGAUCUCAUGCGGCCCACGGUCCCAAGGAUUUCUCCCUCUUUGUCGCCUUCACCACCCCCACCUCCACUACGACCGCGACCUCGACCUUUGUAUAAAGGGUCAAAUUCAAGCAGUGAACAUGCUGUGACAAAUGUUGAAGCUAAUCAUCUACUUCCUUCCACCGAUUUGCCUGAUUUACCACCGUCCAACCCUCUGAAGGCUCUGACGCUGCCGUCGAAGCCAAGGUUGAUACCUGAGGUCGUGGUCACUCUAAAGCCUAGGAAUACUGCUUCUGGUGCUUCAACUCGUCCUUCAUUACGAGAUGUAGCCGGCUUGAAUGACUCCGGGCAUUCCUCCAUUAAUUCAACAUCUUUGCAGAAAGAUAAGGGGAAGAAGGUUUUUUCGCAACUUGAUGCAGCUGAGGCUGAAGAAUCAGAAAAUAAGACUAAUGACACACCGACCGGACUCAGCGCCUCGAAUUCCAUAGGGGUGAAGAAAACUCCGCCUCAGGAAGAUAUGCAAUCCCGAAUAAACUCUGCACCCUCUGUAAAGGGUCGUAAACGAAAGCGAGUUAUAUCUUCAUCUUCUGUAUCGGGACAAUCAGUCCAAGAGGGAUACAGUUCCAAUCUGGCUUCAAAUAGUUUGCCGCAUAAGGAGCGGGCAAGCAGUUCUGGGCGGUCUUCUCAUCGACGAAUGGCUGAAUAUGAGCGUUCAGACGACGAAAGUGACAAUUCAGAUCACCACGAUAAAGCCUCGUUUGACACUCGAUCUCGUACCACACUUGUUCCUCCGCCCAUUCCAUUCAGCUCAUACCUCCCUCAUAUGCCUUUCCCGCUGCAGCACAAUCCUCACACCCAUUUUACCCCUAUGGGGCAUGAUGCGCAAGUCGAAGCACGAAUUGCACAGUCUGUACUGUCAUUUUUAUGGAAUGCUGCUGCGGGUCUUCCCCCCGGCUCGGGACAUGCAAUCCCGUAUCCUUCAUUUUCCCCACAAACAAUGCAAUGGCCGCCUCAGACCCCGCAUAAACGUCGCAAGUCACGGCAUCGUAUGCAGUCCGAGGUACCGUCAUCCGAUGGUGCUGGCCCGUCGAUGCCUUCAUCCAUGUAUUCAACUCCAUCACAUCCGCACCCAUAUCCGUAUUCCUACGACCCAUCUUUCUCUCGAGCAACUUUGCCACCAUCAUCGCCGCCAGAAUCGUUGAGAUCCUCAUCUCCAGCCCCCGCGGAGCGGUCGCGAAGUCAAUCGAAGGCUCGGGGCCGCAGGGUGUCAUUCAAGCUGGAUGACGAUGAUAGACAAAGCAGUCCGACGGAUCGAGGGACGAAACAGAGGAGGGGCCGCACACCCGGGCCACUUUCAUAG